CGGCGGGACACGGGCAUUCUGGGAAAUGUAGUUCUGCUCAGGAUGUGGUAGAUUUCCUGACUACAGCUCCCAGCAUCCUCUGUGAACAACUUCCAGGUCACGUGUUCGUCUUCUCCGUGACUUUCUCUUGUUGGGGGAUAUUUCAGGUGGGAUAGCUGCGCUGUGAUUGGCUAGAGGAGUGCGUCACGUGACUCCCGACUCCUAAGGUGAGUCCUGGGCAAACUGGAGCGUCACCUACCUGCAGACUGUGAUCUGUACCUGGACUUGUUCCUUGGUCAUGGAUCCCAGUCUGGGGUUUGAGGUUGGUGCUGAAGUGGAACUGAAUGACAAUCUCCCGGUUCUGGAGGACUUGGGUACAAUUUCCCUGGAGAAUAAGCAGGACUUGCCAGCCUGGCAUCAUCUCCAUUACGUAGAGGAGUCGAGUAGCGAUGAAAGUCUGGACCAUCAGCACGUGUUUCCCACAUCUUCUAAGGUCAAGAACAUGGAAACAUCAAAACAUAUGCUUGAACUCAAGACUCAAACUGAAAGGAACCAUCAGUGGGAGAGGAAGAUGUUCUCCACCUCGGACAGUCUCUACAUGGACCCCCCGCCUCUCGUUACAGAGAAGGACGACCGGUCCGUGGUAUGGAGCGAUGGAUAUGAUCGUGAAUCCCAGGAUCAGACUUGUCCUAUGGUGCCCAGUGUGGAAGAAAUUGAGAUCUCGCACUUGGAAAUGGUACCAUCUUCGAAUUAUACCUCUUCUCCCACGCGACCUGUAGAGCUAUAUUCUGAAAUGAUGUUGUCCCAAGAAGGUGAUGAAGCAGAGCCAUUAGGGAGGUACAGCUUCUAUAACACAAAAACCCAGUGUACGGGAACGGUAAAGCCUGGGGUGGGAAGCCACAAAUGUUCAAAGUGUGGACGUCAGUUUGGACGUAUGUACAACCUGGAGAGCCAUAUGUGCAUCAAGACGGCCCUGACCAGGGUUGGUGUGGAUGAUACAAUGUCCGGUCAUAUGUCUGAUAUCAGUAAUUCACUCGGCAAAUGUGAGCAAAGUGAAGAGUCAAUGGAUAGAUUGGAGAAGAUGUGUGCUGAAGCCCAGAAGGAGCUUCACAACCUUCAGGAACUGUAUGGGAAAGAAGAGGAGAAACCUCUACUAAGUUGUGCAGAAUCCACUCAAGUAGAUGGAUCUCAUCCUGAUAAAGUCCUGAAGUACCAACGUUCUUUUAGUUGUGACCGCUGCGGGCGAUGGUUUAGGAAAAGGUUCAAUCUAGAGUCCCAUGUCUGCUGCAUUGACAAAAAUAUGAGCGCCCCUCAAAAUACCAUAGUUAUGAAGCCCGAUAGCUCAAUAGCAUUGAACAUCCUUGGUUGUUCAGAUCCAACUUACUCAACUCAAGAUAGACGUCCUCGAAGUAAAUGCGAAAGCCUUGACUGCGCCAACGAAGGGAAAGUCUUCACGUGCCAGUAUUGUGGGAAAGUGUAUAAUAGACGAGCAUCUUACGUCACUCACCUACGAUGGCAUUCGAAGGAGAAAGAUCUGGUGUCCUCUGUGAAUAAGUCCCUAGCUACAGGAGACCUUGAACCUCUCCUCACCACCAUUAAUAGGACUUCUGUGGGGUUAAAAAAGAAAACGGGGCCAACGUUUACAUGCCAGGAAUGUGGCCGAAUCUUUUAUAAGCGGUGCUUCUACUCUACCCACAUUCUGUGGCAUAGUAAAAGAAGAAAUUCUGGUUCUGCUUUGGCUGCGCCAUCUGUAAACCAAGUAGUGGAGGGUCAGGAGACAAGGGCAGCAGAAGCACAAGUCCCUGCUGUAUCUCCUAAGCAUCAGGGUAGGGGUGGGACGAAGAAGGUUGCUCCCGACAAUGUGUUUACAUGCCAGGAAUGUGGGAGGGUGUUUUCCAAGCGCAUGGCUUAUUCCAACCAUGCCCGUUGGCAUAUCAAGGAGAGAGAACUGGAGCUAAGCGUCAGAGGCAUGGAGCAUCAACUAAGGAUGUCUUCCAAUGGGGUUGGUAAUAAACACAAACCUAUUUCCAGCCUUCAGUUUGAUCAUUUUCAAGGUUACUGCAACCUGGUGAAACCUCUAAACUUGGGGGAGCAACAGAACAUUUAUAUAAAUGAUGGGAUGGCCGUAGAUAAUCCGCCGUAUCAGCCGGUAGAUUCUGGCCAGCAGAGGACUCCUGCCGAGGUCCCAGAAUUCAUCUUUGAGCUGGAAGUGGGGACAGAAAGUUUUCAUGAGGGUUUAAUAAACAGAGAUGUUGAAGUUUCAGACAUUGUUGGGGAUGCGGAGGAGACCAUAUCAAGGACUCAAACCAGUUCCUCGACCAAUGAACCCAGUGAGAGACCUGUUCUUUCUCGGGUCUUACCCUGUGAAUUGUUGCGUCGGCUUUUAAAAAGGCAGAGGUGGCCUCACAGAUGUCGUGACUGCGGCACAUGCUUUUCUCAGGCCUGGAGGUUGAAGUUUCAUCAAUACAAGGGUACAAUGUGGAGAUCCAGGCACAAGAGGCACAGGUGUGAAUGUGGCCGAUCCCCGACGGGUUUACUGCACUUCCUGCGGCACCAGUUGCAGCAUCUGAGCGACACAGCUUUUAUCUGUGCUGUGUGCGGAAAGGUGCUGAGGGGUCACCAGCAGCUUCGGGCCCACAGUGGCGUGCACCCGCUGGUAUGCCAAUUCCACUGCAAAUGUGGGGCGCAGUUUACAAAACUGACGAGGUAUCUCUGGCAUUCCUUAUUGAAUAAGACAUGGAAGAGAAGAAGACCCCAACAGAAGAGACGUCCUAAACCAUGAUGAGAUGUCUGCCCCUAGAGACAACCCUUUGCAGAUGGGUCUGCCUCUAUCUGUGGGUGGGUGUAAUACUGCCACGUGCCGAUUGCACUGGACUUCUCAUAUUAUGGCGAGACGUUUUGCACAGUUUUAUAUAUUGUACAUAAAACAUUAAAAUCCUAAAUUCUAGCAGACUGUGAACGACUUGCUUACAUACACAGAACCAUAGCUAAAGGAACAAGGUGGCCGGGUAUCCUGUCUCCUUUGUGACUAUCCCUUUAAAGUCUACUUUUAGUUAGAACUACUUGUGUCUAAAUCAUUAGUAUCAAUGAAUAUGAGAAAUUUUGUAAUUGGCAGAAAGUGACAUCUUCCACACCUUCCAGCAGCAUUCUGAUCCCCUCUUUGUACAUGUGAUGAAUUUACAGUUUAUGUAAUGAUGUCGUCUAUAUAAAAG